AUGGCAACUGCCCAGAUGCAAAGAAAUUCUAUGAGUGCAGUAAUAUUUCCUAAUAAAAUACGUACUGAACAGCAGUCUUUGAUAUUGGUGAAGAGACUCCUAGCAGUAGCAGUAUCCUGCAUUACUUACCUAAGAGGAAUUUUUCCAGAAUGUGCCUAUGGAACAAGAUAUCUAGAUGACCUCUGUGUCAAAAUUUUGAGGGAAGACAAAAACUGUCCUGGGUCCACUCAGUUGGUGAAAUGGAUGUUAGGAUGCUAUGAUGCUUUGCAGAAAAAAUAUCUAAGAAUGGUUGUCCUAGCAGUCUACACUCAUGCAGAAGACCCUCAGACAGUUACAGAAUGUUAUCAGUUCAAAUUCAAAUACACCAACAAUGGGCCGGUAAUGGAUUUCACCAGUAAGAAUAAAGGAAAUGAUUCCAACAUCACAUGUACAGACACCAAGAAAGCAAGUAUCCUCCUCAUUCGUAAGAUUUAUGUUCUGAUGCAGAAUCUGGGCCCGUUACCUAAUGAUAUCUGCUUGACUAUGAAGCUUUUUUAUUAUGAUGAAGUUACACCACCUGAUUACCAGCCUCCUGGUUUUAAAGAGGGUAAUUCUGACACAAUGAUAUUUGAGGGGGAGCCUAUUUACCUAAAUGUGGGUGAGGUGCCAACCCCUUUUCAUAUGCUGAAAGUUAAAGUGACAACUGAGAGAGAACGAAUGGAAAAUAUUGAUAAAAACGUGCUAAAGCAAGGGGACUCUAAGGUGCCUACGCAAUUAAUCAGACUGGACAAAGAUAAUUCAGAAGAACAGAACCAGCAAAUAAAUGAAGAUUUUGUGGCAGAUAAUAAAAUGGAAGUUCAGAAAAAUGCAAAUACAUCUGUAAAAGUUGGAGAAUUAAGUUUAACUUGUGAAGAAAAUGAACUUACGAGGUCUGAAGAAAGCCAGAAUAAACCUGUUUCUAAUUCUCAGGUUGAUCAGUUAGCAAUUAAGACAUCUGAACUUGAUGUGUCAGAGGGCAGGACAAGAAGUGGAAAAAUAUUUCAGAUCAACACAGUUGGUGAAAAUCAGGCUCAGGAACAUUGCAAAAAUCGUUUAGUAGCUAAGUGUUCUAAAGAAACCCAGAAGAGAAAUUGGUCUGAGUCUGAAAAACUUGUUCAUCAGUACGAACUCUCCUCUAGUCAAGAUACACUGCCAAAAAGGAGAAAAUUUAGUGAACCAAAGGAGCGGUUUUAG